CCCCUGCCUCUGGAGAACGCCGCCAUCCUGUCGGAGGGCUCCCUGCAAGAGGGGCACCGGCUGUGGAUCGGGAACCUGGACCCCAAGAUCACCGAAUAUCACCUCCUCAAACUCCUCCAGAAAUUUGGCAAAGUAAAGCAAUUUGACUUUCUCUUCCAUAAGUCAGGUGCAUUGGAGGGGCAGCCCAGAGGAUACUGUUUUGUGAAUUUUGAAACUAAACAGGAAGCAGAACGAGCAAUCCAAUGUCUCAAUGGUAAACUGGCCCUCUCCAAAAAGCUGGUGGUGCGGUGGGCACAUGCACAAGUAAAGAGAUACGAUCAUAAUAAAAAUGAGAAAAUUCUUCCAAUCAGUCUUGAACCAUCUUCCAGCACUGAGCCAACCCAGUCUAACCUAAGUGUCAGUGCAAAAAUAAAAGCUAUUGAAGCCAAGCUGAAAAUGAUGGCAGAGAAUCCAGAUGCGGAAUAUCCAGCACCACCAGCUUAUUCUUACUUCAAACCACCCGAUAAAAAAAGGACUACUCCUUACUCCAGAACUGCCUGGAAAUCCAGAAGAUGAUGAUUAUGUAUGGCUAAUGGUAGCAAGAGAGACUGUUUUAUACACCUCUGAAAUCCUCCAGUGUUUUUGUACUUGUAGAUUAUGCUCAGUUGGCACUGUCCUUCCCAAUUUCACUGUUUACACUACAGUGUUUUAUAAUCUAUUUUAAAUGUUCUGAUAACUGCGCCAUACUGUCAGUGUAUGUACAGAAUUGACUGCUGUCCAGAAAAAAUAAGGUUCCAUCCAAAACUUGUGACUUAGACAAUUCAUGUUGUUAGUCUGGUUUCAUUAGUAAGACCAGAAGUGUUAGCCAGAUAGAAAAUCAAACACAAGAAAUGGUCUAUUUUAAUUCUGGCUGUUAAAUUUAAGAAAGUACCUUUUUUCAAACAAGUAUUCCACUUUGUUUAAAUAUUUUAAGCAGAGGGAAAACACAAGAGUUUUGAUAAAUUACCAUAAGUCCUUUUCAUCUUCCACACAGCUAACUUUAAAUGGCUUUUGCAACCUCUUUAGUAAAUAUACAUGCUAUAUUUAUACACAAGGCAGCAAUUUUGUUUUGCACCCCGAUUUGUUAAAUUAAAUCUAGAUCUAACCAUGGGACAGCAAAAGGAUUUUAAAUGUUAAUAUUUCAGAACAAUUGUAGAAAUCCAGUGUGUCUCACUGCGUAACUAUUUAAUAAUUCCUAUAUGUAAUUUACUCUGUGCUUCUAAAAUAACAACACUUAAAAUGUAGAUCUUGAAAUUUCAUGUGCAAAACAGUAGAACGUUAUUAUGUGAAAAUACUGUUUAAAGUUUUUAUAGUGGCAUAUCUAGCAUGCAUACAUGUAACCCUCCUUACCGAUUAUUCUUCAUAAGCAAGAUGCGACAGUGUGAGACUGUAACGUUGCUACCCCAGAGACAUCUGGCAGAACAACUACCUCAGAAGGGCACCCAGCUAGGCUAAUUCCAUUCUUGACUGGCUGGCAAAGAUGCUUGGUUACAACAAUUAGGAAAACGUGAGUGGCGGGGAUCUGGCAUAGCAGUGCUAUUGUAUUCUAGGGGUUAUGUUUGCUUUAGGAAGUGUUUAAUUUGUCUUUAAUGGACCGGCGUUUCACCUAAAACAGCACUUGGUCCCUACAAGUUCCCUGCAACACUGACAGACAUGAGAAAAGAUCUAUAAAACCCAUAUGCGUCACAAGUGGGAGUGAUGAGGAAGACAACUAUAUUCACUGGUACUGGAGAUGAUAAUCUAUGUUGCCAAGGUAUCUGAUCUCUCACUGCAAGUUUUUAUAACCGUAAUACAGUUUUCUCACUUGCCAGUCAGUCCUGAAUGGUGUCCCCAAACUGAUAACCAUUACAAUGUCCAAACGAGAUAAUAAUCUAAACUGCCCACGGUUUCUCUCUAGGUGAAAACUUUCUCAUUUGUAUGGCAAACUUAUGUUCUGUUUUACAAUGCUGUUUAUAAUUACAUUUAUGUAUAAAAUGUUCUUAAAACCUCUAAACUAUCUCAACCAUAGCUUUACACGUGUUUGAGAGAUGCACUGUUUUCAAAGCCUGAAAUGGAUCAUUGUUUAAAAACAGGUCUUUAGCUAGUGAGUUUAAUUUCUAACUUUUCUUGUUACCCAGGUACUUGAAGAAAAUGAGUCUCCUUUUAGGUUUAGCACCUCUAUGAAUGAUAAUGCUAUCUGAUAAAAAUUUUUUUGCAGACUGGGUCUUUGUUUUAGAUUUUUACACUUAUAUGAUAUAGUCUCACACUUGCAAUCCUUGAAUCAUUUAGACUCGUUAUUUAAAACAAGAUGGUUGUUUCUAUUUUUAAUAUGAAUUUAGAAAUAGUUGCAUUUGAAUGAGGCGUGCUGGUGUGUUCCCUUUUAUAUUUAUUUAUAUUUAAAAUGGGCUCAUUUGCUAAGACUCUUACAGCUCUGUGUGAAUAAAUAGUUUAAACCAUGUAUUUCUUCUUGACUUGAACCAGUAACCUAGGCUGGUGAA